AUGUUUAAUGUUAAGAUUGCUUAUAAAAUAACGGAGCGACGUGCUGGCGACGUAGCCACGUGCUAUGCAGACCCUACGUUAGCGGAGAAGGAACUUGGAUGGAAAACAGAAAGAAGCUUAGAUGAAAUGUGUAAGUCUUUGUGAGAACGUAUAUUUUCUGUUGCCAGUUUGCAUUGCCUGAUAGCGGGAAAGCGUUAGCCUAGAUUGAUUAUCUAUAUAGUACAUGCAGUCUGUACCAGCAUACUGUAGGUAGUAAUAACACCAGCGGGAUGUAACUACUUGAAAAAUACAAGCGUUGAAAAAUACAAAUAUUACGCGUUGCAUCGAGGCUGAAAAAGAUGUUACCUAAAAGAAGGCGGAAAUAUGGUGAUCAUGAAAAUAUCUAAGAAUUCUCGGAACUUAAAGAUUUCAACAAUCAAGGCAGAAUGCGAACGAAAUAAACAUCAGAACGAACACGCCCAGAGGGAAGUUUGGACUUUGCGUACAAAAUGAAGACAUCAAGUUGGACGUAGAAGAUAAUGCAUGCAAAAAAGAUAAAAAAAUAAGAUAAAAACAAACGAAGACAUUAGCACGGUGGAAGCCAAGCAUAUUCUGUUUCACAAAGUCAAAGCUGAGCGGUGAAAAGUAUGUGUAUUCUUUUGAACAUGCAGUAGAGUUGCGCAUUCUUAAAAGGUAAGUAUUAUCGCUUAGAUUCUUGUUUAUCAAAGGAAGAGGCUAGUGGAGAACUAGAUGCACGAUUUGCACAUGUAGAAUAACAAGUAGUUCUAGACAGUAUUAAAAUGCUGUUGUUAGGGUUUGUAAUCCAAGUUAGUAUAUAUACAUGUACAUUUUAAGACCUGACCAGGAACGACUGCGAAAAAUGCAGCACAAGGUCCUCUGGUAGGAAUUGAACCUACGGCCCUGCGAUUCCGGUGCAGCGCUCUAACCAACUGAGCUACAGAGGCCAGCUGUUGAGCUCAAUGAGCUGUAACCGUAAGUUCAUGCACAGUACAUGAACUUACGGUUGCACCGGAAUCGCAGGGCCGUAGGUUCAAUUCCUACCAGAGGACCUUGUGCUGUAUUUUUCGCAGUCGUUCCUGGUCAGGUCUUAAAAUGUAUAUAUACUCACUUGGAUUGCAAACCCUAACAACAGCAUUCUAAUAUUAAUACCACCAAGUGAAGUGCAAGAAACCAGAUCAUUGAAGUUCUAGACAGUCUCGGUCAAAUGACAAUGAGAGUUGGUAGCCGCACAUUGCUACAGGGGACAUUUCAUGUUCUAGAUUAAGAGGCAAUUUUUUUCAAUGUCUCGUAUUUGCAAUGAAAAGUGUUCAAAACCUAAAAUCUUUUUGGCGUUCCUCUCAAAAUUACUUUGUUUUAGCUUUAUUCUCUAGUUUAUAGAGUUAGCUACCUUUUUAAAUGCAUCUGCCGGUUGAGAAACAUAAAAUAAUAGUUAAAAAGGUAUCAAUUAAAAUACAAUUAUCAAUGCUGCUUUAAAAUUGACGCCACAUUUACAGCCAUAUAAGCAAAACUUACUGAACUUCAGACAUCAUUUUCUCUUUGGCGUAUCAUCUAAAAUCUCUUCAUUUUAGCAAUAUUUUACAGAUAAAGCACUAAACAUACUUUUUAAGUUUGUUUGCCGAUUGAGAAACGUAUCGAAGAAUAGAAAUUUUGAAUUUAGUCAUAACCUCAAGUGAUAUAUUAUACACAUUAGUUUUGAGUGCGUGUUACGUAGCUUUAACUUAAGUAGAGCGGUACAUAUAGUAGUAUUGGGAAAGCAUUAAGAACAGCUAACCAAGGUCGCGUGAAUGUCAACUCUCAUGCACUCUCAUCCUCGCUUGACAUGUAAUCUAAUAAGACGGUAGUACAGGCAAGCUGGUAAUUUCUGAUCGUGCAAUAACCACUACGUGGCAUUAGAUGCCUGAACAAAAAUAUAUUACACUGCAUGUGUAAUGGGCAGUACGGAUCAUGUAAAUUAUUAGAAAUCCUUGUUUGUGUUUUUUCAACAGGCGAAGAUUCAUGGAGAUGGCAGGUCCAGAAUCCUAACGGUUUCCAGGAAACGCAACAAAACCACGUGACAACAUAGAUUUCAAAAUAUUUCCUGCAAUAAAGGGGCAGUAUCACACUAUUUUGGCAAUAUUUUUAUACUUGCAACCAAGUCUUUGGCAAAGAGCCAAAACCUGGCUUUUCAGGUGAUCCUUGCUGAUUCUCGACUUGCAAUCAAUCCCUUGAGAACAGGCAAUUCCAGCUUUUAGUUUAUGCCUGCAGGGGAUGAUGGGAAGUAAUGUAUCAUAUUGCUGAUUAUGCUGAAAAUUUCCAAUAAAAACUACCGAAACCACAGAAAUAUUUCAAUAUUUACAAGUAUAAGCUAUCACUCCGUGUUUACACGGCCACCAUUUUUAUUUUUUCAGCAUAAUCAACAAUGUGAUACAGGGGCGGCGGAACAGGGGGGGCUAGGGGGGCUAAAGCCCCCCCCCCCAGAAGUAAAAAUGGGGGGGGCUUAGCCCCCCAGAAAAUUUGAAUUUUUUGGAAAAAUUUUGAUAAUUAGGGAAAAAUUUAGGUUAUUUUUUGAAAAUUUAGGUAUAAGGGGACAAAUUUGCAAUAUUUUGUUUAAAAAAAGUGUAUUUCCGAAAAAAAAUUUUGAUAUAAGUCCGAAAAAUUUUUUUUCGUCCCUUUUUUGUAUAUUGUACCCCUAAAGUGGUACACUGACCGAAAUUUUUUUGGCGACGGGGGGGGGAGGUCGCCGAAAAAAUUUAGCCCCCCCAGAACGAAAUCUGUUCCGCCGCCGCUGAUGUGAUACCUUACUUCCCAUCGUCCCCUGCACGCAUAAACUAAAAGCUGGAAUUGCCUAUUACAAAACAAUGGAAUGGCGGCCAUGUUGGUGCCAAAUUCAAAAGAGGUUAAUGAUAUUCUUUUGUUGAAAGGGCACGAACAUGGCCAUCGCCCUCAUCAUUGCAAGUCAAGAAUAACGACUUCACUAUAAAAUAACACAGCCUCAAGUUCGUAUCAAGAUUGAAAUUAUGCCAUACAUUGGCACAUAACUACAGUCGAACCCCUAUAAGCGGACACCUCUCUUAAGCGGACACCUCUUUUAAGCGGACACAUAUCUCAGGUCCCAUUUGGUUUCUUUAAUAAAAGACUAUUAUCAUAACCCCUAUUAAGCGGACACCCCUCUUUAAGCCUGCCGCACACGAGAGCUAUCUGCUGAGCAAAAAGUUACUCGUGCCUGUUAGCUCAGCUGAUAGCUCACCGAUCAAACAUGUUUGAUACGUGAGAAAAGGUUGCAUGAGGCAAAAAACUCAGUAAAAUGUACCCGCACACGGUGAGCUAUCGGCUGAGCUAACAGGCACGAGUAACUUUUUGCUGAGCAGAUAGCUCUCGUGUGCGGCAGGCUUUAACGGACGCGGACACCUUUCUGGAGGUCCCAAUGGGCAAAUCAACCUCUCUUAAGCGGACAGAUGACAGAUUGUCUGAUAAAAUGUGUUCAAUAUUCGACAGUAAAUAACAAUUGAGAUCAAUUUACAUGGCACAUUGACACACCAACUUGGCGCGAAGACAUCAGAGCCAAGAUUAUUGAGGAAGUGACGAAUGAGGACGGAGGACAGUGAGCCGCCAGCCAUGAUGAUACUCAAAUUACACACCUAAUUACACACCUUUGCCUCCUGCUGUGUUUUUCUACAUACCCCUUUUAAGCGGACACCCCUUUUAGGCGGACACUUAGGCGAGGUCCCGAAGGUGUCCGCUUAAUAGGGGUUCGACUGUAUUACAUUACGCCAUACAUUGGCACAUAACACCUUAUUUUCAUAAAAAUGUGAAUAAUAAUUAAUUUAUUGUAGACAUCAUAAUAUAUUGGGCUAUUCUGUUUAAUACAUGUAAUCUUAGAAACUUGGAAUUCUUCACGAUAUUGGCUAAACGGCAGUUGAUAAAAGGAGAAUAGUGCGAAUAGUCGCCAAUAAUCUACGAAUAUUUCGAAAAAGUUUUUUUUUUAAUUUCCUAUUGUCUUUUAUUAAAUUAAUUAAAGGGAAAUAGCAAUAUAAUUUUUUAUUUUCUCAUUUGAAAGAACUUUUGAAACUACAUAUCAACUUCUUUUCAUAUCUUGCUUAGUUCUUGAAAUAUUUUCACUUGAAGUAAUGAGAUGUCCGCCAUCUUGGAUAAAUGUUUCAUCUCAUUAACGGUAGUUUUGGUGACGUCACAACAGAGAUUAACCAUAUAAAAGUAUUCGUUGCUGACCAAAUAUUGAUUCGUAGAUGUUUUAAAGGUUUUGAGUGAUCGAAGGGCAGACUGAGUAUAUACAGGGUGUAUAAAAAAAACUGAACAGAUUUGAAAUUGCUCUCAAUUUCGCAAAACACCUAUUUGUAUCCGUUUUUUAUAUAUAUAGCUUCUUUGGGUACUUAUAAUGUAAAAUAAUGAAAAAAAUUUCUCGAACUCAAAUUUUGUGAACCAGGGGGGUGUGUCUUUUCCAACAAAUUAAAAAUGGCUCGCGCACACAAUUU